UACUUUUCCACACUCAGAGCAACAGUUUGCCAGUUUUAAAGCGUCCUCUCCACGCUCAUUUCAUUGUGUCAGACUCAGAGCUCACAACGCGUCGUUGUCUAGGGCAUGAAUGAGGUUGGAAGGUCAUGCAUUAAGACAACCGACAGGGAGAUAUGCUGCGUUGCCUCUACUCCUAAAUAUCGAGUAGCUCGGUGAAUUGCACAAAUCUGACGCUGGCAUUGCAGAUUAUUUUGUGAACGAAUAAGGGCUGUACUAUACGUUCCUGAAGUGAUAAAAUAGCCAUCAGUUGCCUCGUCUCUUUGUGCAUAAAACAAAAUGGGGUGUUCCUCUUCCAGCUCGCAGACCGUGGCCCAAGAGAACCGACCAGGCACUAAACCCGAAGAAAGUAAUGGAGACACAACUUUCGCUGCCCAUAAUGGGAUCAUCGCAGAGGACACGGAGACCAUUGCAGAUCAGAUGCAGCUGCCGGUUCAGAGUGCGCUACCGGAUGAGCUGCUGCCUGGGGCCGUGGAGGAGCCAGUCGUCGAGGCCUGCGAAGCCACAGAGAGUCUGGAGGUGGAGGAGGCAGCCCCCGCUGAGCCAGAGCCUGUGACUGCACCUGAACCUCCCGUCGAACCGGCUGCCGAGGAAAGCGUUGAAACGGCAGCUCUGGCCGCUGAGACUGUAGAGGCCGAGGUGGCUGUGGAGGCAGUGGAGGCAGUUGCCCCUGCCGAGGCCCCAGCGGCUGUAGAGGUAACGGAGGUGGUGGAGGCCGUGGCCGCCGUCGAGGUGGCGGCCCCAGUAGAAGUUGCGGCGCCGGUAGAGGCUGCCGCACCUGUAGAGGCUGCACCUGUAGAGGCUGCCGCACCUGUAGAGGCUGCCGCACCUGUAGAAACGGCAGUGCCAGCUGAGGAAGCUGCUCCAGCAGUCGCCGAAACGGCAGCCCCUGCUGAAGCUCCUGCCCCGGCCGAAACUGCCCCCGUCGAAGUCGUUGCCCCUGUUGAGGCUGUAGUCCCCGUUGAGGCCGUUGCCCCCGCUGAAGUUGCCCCCGUUGAGGCCGCUGCACCAGCUGAAUCGGCGGCAGCUGAGGUCGCAGCGGAGUCAGUAGCACCUGCUGAGCCAGUAGCCGCUGAGGAGCCAGUCGCCGCCGCUCCCGAAGAACCCGCAGCCCCUGUUGAAGCAGCAGCCCCCGCAGAGCCCGAGCCCACCCCCGCACCAGAGCCCACCCCCGCCCCCACAGCUGAACCCACUCCAGUCGCUGCUGCAGAGGAGACCAAAGAGCCAGAGGCAGCACCAGCACCAGCACCAGCACCAGCACAGGCGCCUGAACCUGCCGCCCCAGUGGAGGUGGCCCCUGUAGCAGAAGUCAGCACCCCGGAACCAGUUCCAGAGGCAGCCCCCGCAGCCCCCGCAGCAGUGGAGCCUGUUGUUGCGGAAGUCGCUCCAGCUGCAGCCCCCGAGGGGGGUGUGGCAGAGACAGGAAGUGAGGUGGCCAAAGUGGAGGAGCCAGUAGAAACCCCCAAGACUGAGGAGACCCCUGCUGCCAGCGCAGAGUAGAGGAGACUCGCCUACAGCAAACAUGGUUGACGUGUAGCCCAAAGAAUAAAUUAAUACGUUUACACACAUGCGCCUGCACACACACACACACACACACACACACACACACACACACACACACACCCCUAACAAUAUGCAGACCAUUUGUCAGAAAUGGAAUAAUUACUAAUCUGACACCAUGGUGCCUUUUAUUGCCUGUAAAUCUGGAGCAGUGGAGAUUCUACCAUUUGUAAAUAUGUACUUGUAUUAGCAAUGUAUUUGAAAGCUGAUGAAAGUGCCUCGAGCCACCUGAGCUUUUUCAAAGGGAAAAUCGCCAUUACAGAAUGGCAUACAGAGGCAAAAUGGAGGCCUUGCCCAUGGAAACAACACUUCACUCCAGGUUUAUAUGAGAGACGGAACGUGAAGGCGACUUCUCCCCACACGUGCAUAGACCCACACACAUCGUCAUCAUCUUCAGGCGGUUCCAGUGAGAUUGUGUGCAGUGGUUUGUGAGUGUGUAACAGAGGCCCAGUACUACUACACUCAUCUUUCAUUCUAUGUGAGGAAAACAAGCCAAAAAUGUAACAACUGUGAAAAAAAGAGAGAAUGUGUUCUGGCGCUAGGCAUGAGAGGCAGGGUCCAAAGAAGGGUACUUUGCCUUUGUGAACGCAGCAUGUUAUUCUAAAUCCUGCUAAUGUGGAAUGUCAAUAAAGGUUUUUUUUUUUCGGAAGUGGGGGGAGGUACUCUUACGCUUAAUCAUUCUGGAAAAUUAAUUUGUCGUUGCAUGCAUGUUACUACUUUUUCUAUCUUUCUCUUUGUCGUUUAUAUGUCUGUCUGUUUAUCUAUGCAGAAAAAUGUUUUGGAUACUGAAGGUAGAUUGCAUUUUGUAUGGCUGACCCAUUAGAGCACAUUUGGGAUUUGUUUGUUUUCAGACAGUUGCCAUCACAAAACACUAUAGCAGGAACUGAUGGAAUUCUACCGUUUAUCUUCCACCACUGACAUACAGCCUUCUGGGUCUGGGAGAUCAACCUGCGAUCUCAGCUGCACUCAAACAACAUGAACUAUCCAGUGUUGCCUCCAGAUACUGUAUCAGCACAAAUUAUGGACCAAUGUGGAAACAAAGUCUCGAAGUUCUUCACUUUCUUGCCUUUGGAUCAGAUCUGCACACCUUUCAUAGGAUUCCUGGUGCAUUUUCUCACUGUGAAUUUAGGUCAUGUUCAUGUAGGCCUGUAAAAGCAGGAACAAGUGCUUUCCUCACAUGUUUGUUUUACUGUGUAACAUGCAGAGAUCAACUGUCAUCUGUAAUAUACUCAUCUCUCAGCUUUCACACUAGCUUUUUAGUGUACAGAAUAAAGUUGCUGUUACU